AUGGGGUUUCACUUCAUUGUCGUGUACUGGGUUGAGCAUUUUUUUCCUGUUGCACAUUUGUUAAAUGACCUUGACAAAAUUGCAAAGUGGUGAACACAUUGAAGGAUCAUGUGACGAGAGCUUUCAUAAACACUGUGGAUCACUUGGGCUUCAUGACUUAUAAGGUCAACUGCCUCUUGGAUGACAAGAUUGAGGAGGCAUCUGCAAUUGAGCUCAGAUUCUCGUGUUCGACAGAGACUACGAAUGUGUGAGAUGUUCAUAGACCAUGGAGGCUUUUCUCAGCAGUCACUAGCAAUAAGAACUCUGAAGCACCACAUGCAAUAUAUCUUACCAGUUUCAAAAUCUGAAGAUGGUGGAGAUAUCAAGAAUCUGCGAUACUGCAUGAUAAACGGAGUAAAUGGCGAAAUGCCUGCAGACAUAUAAUCAAGAAAUAUAGAGACUCCUGUAUCAUUUGCCAGGUAACUUUUGAUAGAAUAUGUGCUAAUCAUCCUAGCUUCGUAAACACCCGAUGCUGACAGUGGAACCUGAUUCAGGAGACUGCAUUCGGCAACGCAAUUUCCACAAUCCUCCCCAGCCGGCUCCUUUAAAUUCACAAGUACUUCAUCCAACAAAAGAGCAGGUCAGCACACUUGACUCGAAUGCUUCAGAUUGCCAUACCUAGCAUGUACAUCAAGUUUUCAUACCCUAUGAUUGUAUCAUAUGUCGUGUAGUCGGACAAGCUCCUAAUGCAAGCUGUACUUUUCCUAACCAGAAAAACGCGCCUCCCCAUUUCAAUUUCAACUCACAACUUUGAGUUCUCUUGUCGAUAGAACUGCAUCUCCAAACCCUUAUAAUCCCAUAAGACAAUACCCAUCCAAACCCCGAAGAUCCCCUUCAAUGUCUACUCAUGUUGAGAGGAACAGAAGAUCUGGUAUUGAGCUACGUUCCAGCAAAAACAAACAUCUCUUCAAGGCCUUGCUUAGCAUGCGGAAGUCGAGAAAGGACAGCAAGUCGUAUAAGUUCUUGGAUGAGAACUAAGAACAGGGGAUAAAGGAAACUGGAUAGACCCAUAUCUUAGUUUCUUUGCAUCAUAAGUGUACCUUGAUAUGUUGAAGAUCACUGGAAAGACAUUGAUUUUGUCGUCUAACUAAAAACAUUUCAGAUCA